AUGUCAGAGCGUCGUAUUGACAUCAACAAAUCCAAUCGUUCCGUUAUUGAUGAUGAAUUUGGAAACAUGCGUGAUCGUUUUGAUCAAGAAAUGAGACGUGUUGAAGAUGAGAUGAGACGUCUUCGAUCUGAAUUUGAAGGUUAUCGUCCACACAAUCAACAUGCCAUUGGAAACGGAACUUCCUAUGCUCCAGUAUCCGAACAUUCUGAAAGCCGUCGUCACGGAAGCAGCUUUUCUCCUCCUCCAUUCUCUUCUCAACGUGGGCCUUCUCAAAGCUUAAUGGCAACUCGCCCAUCAUAUGAUCCUUAUCUCGACAAUCUCAAAAGUCCACUUAUCAAAGACGAGAGUGACGGCAAAACUUUGCGCUUGAGAUUUGAUGUUGCUCAAUACAAGCCAGAAGAAGUGACAGUCAAGACUAUUGAUAACCGUUUGUUAGUUCAUGCUAAGCAUGAAGAGAAGUCUGCUCAACGCACCGUCUUCAGAGAGUACAAUCAAGAGUUCCUUCUUCCUCGUGGUACUAACCCAGAGCACAUUUCUUCGACUCUUUCUACUGAUGGAGUCUUGACCGUAGAAGCUCCAUUACCACAAUUGGCCAUUCAACAUCAUUAA